GUCUGUUAAUUUUUAUACAAGUAUUCUAAUACUGCAGUAAAAAUGGUACUGUCGUGUCGAUUUUAUAAGGAAAAAUACCCAGAAGUGGAAGAUGUAGUAAUGGUAAAUGUACGUAGUAUAGCUGAAAUGGGAGCAUAUGUACAUUUAUUGGAAUAUAAUAAUAUUGAGGGUAUGAUCCUUCUUUCUGAAUUGUCUAGAAGACGUAUUAGAUCUAUUAAUAAACUUAUUAGAGUAGGAAAAACUGAACCAGUUGUUGUUAUCAGAGUUGACAAAGAAAAAGGUUAUAUUGAUCUUAGUAAACGUCGUGUAUCAACUGAAGAUGUAGAAAAAUGUACUGAAAGAUAUGCAAAAGCAAAAGCUGUCAAUUCGAUUCUGAGACAUGUUGCAGAAUUAUUACAUUAUGAUAAUGAUGAUCAACUAGAAGAAUUAUAUCAAAAAACUGCAUGGCAUUUUGAACAAAAAUACAAAAAGCAGAAAGCUUCUGCAUAUGAUUUCUUUAAGCAAUCAGUUUUGGAUCCAUCUAUUUUAGCAGAGUGUGGUCUUGAUGAACAUACAAAGGAAGUGUUAUUAAAUAAUAUUAAACGAAAAUUGACUUCUCAAGCGGUUAAAAUUAGAGCAGAUGUAGAAGUAGCUUGUUAUGGUUAUGAAGGUAUUGAUGCAGUGAAAGCUGCACUAAAAACUGGUUUAGCUCUUUCUACCGAUGAACUUCCAAUUAAAAUUAAUUUAAUUGCACCACCACUAUACGUUAUGACAACAUCGACACCAGAAAAACAAGAUGGUUUGAAAGCAUUAAAUGAUGCUAUUGAUGUUAUACAAAAUAAAAUAACAACAUUAGGAGGUGUAUUUAAUGUACAAAUGGCUCCCAAAGUUGUUACUGCAACAGAUGAAGCAGAAUUAGCAAGACAAAUGGAACGAGCUGAACUUGAAAAUGCUGAAGUGGCUGGUGAUGAUGAUGAAGAGGAAGUAGAAGGAAUGGAUGGAUUUAGUGGUAGUGAAGGUUUAGAGGAAGAUAAAAAACCUGGAAACGAGUCUCAAGAAGAAGAAUGAACAUAGAAC